GCCAUGCUUCCCUUCUCAGAGGAAGAGCUCCAGUACAUUGCUGACCUGGACUUCCAGGCAGACAAGAAGCUUCUGCAGGCCGCACUGCCUAUCCUGCCGGUGGAGUGUCUUCGCACCCUGGAGGUCACCACCCUGCUGCUGCAGCAGUGUGCAGCUGCAGGGCUGUCCCUGCACGAGAUCGGGGAAGUGAUGAGCAGGCCGAUGGUUGCCCUGGAUGAUGAGCAGUCCAAGCUUGAGAGGAUCUGCAUGCAGGUCAAGCAGGAGGUGAUGGCGUACGGUUGGAAUUGCAGCCUGGGGCCCUCCCCAAGCGACUCAGAUGGCGAGGGGGAUAGCUACUCAAAGAGUCCAGUGAAGGAGGAGGAGCUUCAGUUCUGCAUAGAUGAUAUGCAGGGGGAGCAACUGGCGCAAGAUUUCGACAACCCGCCAGCCCCUCAGCACGUCUAUGCAAAUAAUUCGCCACUGGGUUAUGACAUGGACAGCAAGCAGAUGCCCAAGGGUGUUGAGCCCGUGGAGGAUUCUUUCGAAAACAUGAGCAUCUGCGCAGCCGAACCAGGGGCAAAGAGAUCCUCAAAGGGCCCCCUGGGCCGCACAAUCGCUUGCCACAAGGCUUCCAGGUCGGUCUCCCUGCAGCUGCCCUCCGCCCACCAGCACCGUGCCGUGGGCCCCCAGGGCCAGAUGAGGCAGCGCAAACUGAGCAUGCAGAUUAGCAGACCCGCGGCGUGCGACCCGCUCGCCUACCCGCCGCCUGUGGAGGGCGCGGCCCCAUCUAGCACGAACGACAUCUUCAGCAACAUGGGGGAUGAGGAAUGGGGCCUGUUCGUGGAUCUGCUCACUAAUCGGAUCCAGGUUGCUCUGGAGGACGGGGUGUGGAAGGUGCAAGAGCUCAUCCCUGGCUCCAACUUCGGUAUGUCCUGUCCAAGGUUCUGA